AUGAAUAAAGAAGUGUGCCAAAAAUUCGAGAAUCUAUGGAAUAAAUUUCCUGAUAAAUUGGACAGUAGUAAUAACUAUCAAUUUAAAGAAAGAAAUUUUUUAGAUAGUUAUUGUGAUGGUAGUGGUUGUGAUACUGAUUUUGAAAGAAUUGCUGGUGGAUGUUUAUAUCUUUUUAUGCAAUUCUUUGGGAGUUCUGAAUUGUUUCAGUCUGUUGCAAAAAGAAACAUCAAUAUUGUUGAUUACAUUUUGAUAUGGUUAAGUUAUAUGUUAAACCUAAAGGAACAACCAGGAAAUGAUAGCAAUCUACAAUUUUUUUAUAAAACAACUAUAAAUAAUGAUAAGUAUAAAAAUUCUAUAAAUGGUGUUACAGAGUAUAGCAAUUAUAAGGAGCUUAUAGAUAAAAAAACAUAUUUUUUGAGUAUGAAUAGAAAUAUUAUAUUUAAUUUUUAUGAAGCAUUUAAAUCAUUAUGUGAAAUGUAUAAUGAAUUUGAUGAUAAUACACCAUAUUGCACAAAAUGUUCGGAAAAUGCUAAUCAAUUUGUUAAUAAAUAUAGAGAAAUGAAUAAAAAUUCUGAUAUUACUAAUAAUAGUUUCUAUAAUGAACUAUUGUCUACUUUAUCAAAAGAUUAUGAUAAUUUUAUGAAUAAAUAUAAUAAUAAUCAACAUUUAAAAUAUUCACCUCUUCCAACGAUAGAAAAAACAGAAAAUUCUGCCCAACAAAUUCUACAAAGUUCUGAAGAUACAUCAUCAGGUUCAUCGGUAACAAACAAACUAUUUACAGUUUUAUCGAUAUUUGGUGCAAUAGCAUUUCUUUUAGGAAUUUCUUACAAGUAUUCGUUAUUUGGAUUUCGGAAACGAUUUCAAAAACAAAAAUUAAGAGAAAAAAUAAAAAAUAUAAAGAAGAAAAUGGGUCAUUAA